AACGAACUCUAUCUUACCUACAAGUCUACAUAACCGAGCUCUUGAGCGCUGAUGCGCCGUUACACAUUGGCGGGAAUCCUUCGCGGGAAGCAUUGUUUCUUUCGAAAGCAAGUCGCAACUUGUCCGUCCGUCCCUUCGCGACGUCUUGCGCGCCGCGCAGCAGUAUCUAUCUCAGUUGCCGUUAGAUACUGCAGAGCCGAGCGAAUCUCCCUCGAGUUCGCCGUAUCAUUUUGAAAUCUGCAAACUCCUCGUGAUACAAUGAUGUUCCAGGAGAGGAUGGACGUCAAAAACGAGACCAAAGCAGAGGAGAAGGUCAGCCGCGACGUGAUGGACCCGUCGGAGGACUCGGGUUUUGAAAGCAUCGUCUCCAAAGAUCAAGCGAAGAAAGAAAAUGAGGGAACGAUAGGAGAGGGAAUCGACUUCGCAGAUACAGCUCGCAUAGCUGAGGAGCAGCGAUUGAAAUUGGAGAGGAAGAGGAGAAUGAAUGAAGAAGAGCUGGCGAAGAGAAGAGCCGCAGCUGAAGAGUAUGAACAAGAGAUGAAGGAGAAGCAGUACAAGCGUCUGAUGCACUUGCUAUCGCAGAGCAAGGUAUUGUCCAGCUUUAUCAUGAAAAAAUUUGAGCCAAAGGACAAAGAUAAGGAUACUAAAGCCCCAAAGAGGACGGGUAUAGAAGAAGCCGAAUCAGCCGUUCCCAACAAAAGAACUCGCAGGGCACUGAAACAAACUGAGAAUACUGAUAAAAAUAAAGCUAAGUCCAGAAGAGGUAGAAAGAAACUGAAUCUAAAUAUAAAGAAGGCUGAAGCUGAAGAGUUGGCAUCCAAGUGCAAGGAAGAACCCAGUGGGGAUAAAGAAAACAGCAAUCCAAUCGAUAAUUUUGUACAGUCCAAAUUGUUUCAAGGAGAAUUGCGAGAUUAUCAGAAAGAAGGGGUCGAGUGGAUGAAAUCUUUGCAGGAGAAUGGGUUGAAUGGCAUUUUAGCGGAUGAAAUGGGUCUAGGAAAGACUAUUCAAGUUAUCGCUUUGUUUGCCUAUCUGAUUGAGAAUCAAAUAGCUGGACCAUAUUUGGUAGUAGUUCCUCUUUCUACUUUGACAAAUUGGACUUUGGAAUUCGAACGUUUUGCGCCACAACUUCCUGUUGUGGUAUAUUAUGGAAAUGGAAAGGAAAGGGCGCCGCUUAGAAAUAAAAUCAGACAAAGAACUCGCGUUGGUUCUUUUCUUACACAUCCAAUCGUGCUCACGACGUACGAAACGCCAAUCAAAGAUGGAAGAUUUUUGCAAGAAUUUCAUUGGAGAUACAUUGUAGUUGAUGAAGCGCAGAGAAUAAAAAACUUUAACUGUCAACUGUUCAAAAAACUGAGAUUAGUGGAUUCUGUGAACCGUUUGGUGCUAACUGGAACACCUAUACACAACAACUUGAGUGAACUUUGGUCACUUUUGCACUUUCUCUUGCCAGAUAUAUUUAAUAGCUUGGAUAUAUUUAAAGUGUGGUUUGAUGCAAGUGAUGUGCAACACGAAGCAGGAAAACAAAAAUUUUUGAAACAAGAACAAGAAAGACACGUUUUAUCAGCUCUCAAAGAAAUAUUAGAACCUUUUAUGUUGCGACGUUUAAAGGAAGAUGUAUGUCCCGAUGUGCCACCUAUGAAGGAAGUCAUCGUAUACACGCCAUUAACAGCAAUUCAGUACGAUCUUUAUUCGUCUAUCAUCAACAGAGAUGUAUCCGCUCUCUGGAAAGUUAAACCAGAAGAACCAGUUACAGAUAUCAAUCGCGUGAGACCAAAACGAAAAUGUACUCAAUCUGUCAGUUUGGAUCAACUUUUUAACCGGAAUAAAAAAAAAACAGAAGUUAAAACUCAAAUGGUGGGAAACAAAGUUGUUAAAACUGAAGAUCUUAAUAAGUGGAAGGAAUGUACAAACGUGACUGAACAGAAUGUUGAUUAUUUGAUCAGACUGAGGUUUGGCAAUGAUGUAAUGAUGUACCGACAUGUAGUCAAUCAUCCGUACAUUAUCCAUUAUCCGUUGAAUGAUGCUGGAGUACAUAAAAUAGAUGAAAGUCUAGUUAAGAUUUCUGGAAAAAUGCUUGUACUAGACGCCAUGUUAAAAAAAUUGCAUGCCAACGGAAACAAAGUACUGCUAUUUUCUACUAUGACAAUGGUUUUGGAUGUUAUAGAAGAUUAUUUGUCUUUGAGAGAUUUUCAAUACGUAAGGCUGGAUGGAAGGAUCAAGCUUGACGAACGUAGUAAGAACAUUGAAACAUUCCAAAACGAUCCGGAUGUAUUUUUGUUUUUACUUUCCACAAGAGCUGGAGCAGUGGGUUUAAACUUAGCUGCAGCAGACACAGUCAUCCUAUACGAUAGCGAUUGGAAUCCUCAAUGUGAUCUUCAAGCUAUGGCACGAUGCCAUAGAAUAGGACAAAUAAAACCAGUUGUUGCAUAUAGAUUUUGUACCAAAGGUACUGUUGAUCAGUAUAUAAUUAACAGAGCGAAUGUGAAAAGAGUUUUAGAAAAAACGGUGAUGCCCAGUAAAAAUGAAUUAGUUAAUACAGAGGAUGGUCUAACGAGAUUGAAAAGACUUUUAGAAAACGAGUGUAUGAGAAUCUCCGAUUCGAAAAACGAAGUGUAUACAGAUGCUGAACUGAAUGCACUUUUAGACAGAAGUGAUAUGGUCUUAGCGACAAAAGCAUCAGAUUCAAAGUCGUAAAAAAGUACGUGUAUGCGUUAUAGUUAAUUCUUUUAAAUAGUACAUUGCGAUACGUGUGACUUAAAUGGUUCUUUUUUACACGACGCAGUUAGCACCCGAGCGCAGCGAGGGCGCUAAGCGCCGUGUUAAACUAAACCAUUUAAGUCAAAAGUAUCGUAUAAAAUUGUAUAGGACAGACUGCUAAAAUCCGCAAGUCUCGCCUAUUCGUGACUAAAGUAGUCCUUAUUUGCACCGUGAGGUUAGCGCACGAGCGUAGCGAGUGUGAUAAACACGAUGCAAAAACGGACUGCUUUAGUCACAGAUAGGCGUGACUUAACAGCGGAUUUUAGCCACACUGUUCUAUAAACUUGAUUCUUAUACGUUUUUAUAAGUUGGGUCGUUUUCGCUUUAGAUUAUUUAAGUAUCGCGAAUUUGAGUUAAAAUGAUAAGUAUCACGAACAAGUCUAGUGAUUUAAAAAUAAAAAGAUUUUCCAGAAUUUAUCCUGUACAAAAAGACGAUAAGGAUAUUUAUUAACAUAAGUUGCUACUUUGUUUUGUUAAUAAGAGAUCAAUUUCGAUAAGAGUUGCCUUGUUAUUUUCAAUAAACUUUGUCAAAGAUCGAA